AAAACGAAUGAAGUAUUCGGGUUAGGAUGUACGUAACUCCCGUUCAGUCUAUUAACCAUGCUCUAAUGUACUAAUACUCGCUGUAUUCACGUAUUUACGGAGAACGGUAAUUUUAGUGAGAGUACUUACAACUAGGUACUCCAGACUAUUUCAAAUUCAAGUUGAAUCAGUGAUGACCAUGGACCUACAAGUUUGAACUCGGUUUAGAAGUUACACGACCAAGCCUAAGAACAAAACAUCUGUUUUUAGCAUUUUUUCCUAUAAUUGAACAUUUGUUUUAUUUAUUCUUCUGUGUUGAUAUCCUCUUUGAAGGCCAAAUAUGAAAAUGGUGUUAUCUCAGCGACAACGUGAAGAACUAAAUAAAGCCAUUGCAGACUACUUAGCUGCAAGUGGAUAUAUGGAAACCUUAGAAAGUCUGAAAAAGGAAGCAGAUAUGCCUGGAGAAAUAGAUAAGAAAUAUGUUGGACUUUUAGAAAAGAAAUGGACUUCAGUCAUAAGGUUACAAAAGAAGGUUAUGGAUUUGGAGUCCAAAUUGGUUGAAGCUGAGAAAGAGUACAUUACUGGAGCUCCAACUCGAGAGAAAAGAUCUCCUUCAGAAUGGAUCCCACGGCCACCUGCAAGGUAUAUUCUAACUGGACAUCGAGCUCCCGUGACCAGAGUAAUUUUUCAUCCUGUGUUUAGUCUACUGGUAUCAUCUAGUGAAGAUGCAACAAUAAAGGUAUGGGAUUAUGAAACGGGAGAUUACGAGAAAACUAUGAAGGGCCACACAGACUCAGUUCAAGAUAUUGCAUUUGAUCACACUGGAAAGUGGUUAGUUUCAUGCUCUGCUGACAUGUCUAUAAAGCUCUGGGAUUUUCAAGUCUAUGAAUGUGUCAAGACAAUGCAUGGGCAUGACCACAAUGUGUCUUCUGUGACUUUCACACCUAGUGGUGAUCAUGUAAUGUCCUGUUCUAGAGACAGAACCAUCAAAAUGUGGGAGGUUGCUACUGGGUAUUGUAUCAAAACCUUUACAGGUCACAGGGAAUGGGUGAGAAUGGUGAGGGUUAACCAAGAUGGCUCAUUGAUUGCUUCAUGUUCAAAUGAUCAGACUGUAAGAGUGUGGGUAGUUACUACAAAAGAGUGUAAACUGGAACUUCGUGAACAUGACCACGUAGUGGAGUGUAUUGCUUGGGCUCCGGAGAAUGCCACUCCAAUGGUUAGUGAGGCUGCUGGAGCUGAUAACAAAAGAGGUGCUAAAACUGGUCCUUUCUUGUUGUCUGGAUCUCGAGAUAAAACUUUGAAGAUGUGGGACAUCAGCACUGGUCUAUGUCUUUUUACUUUGGUUGGACAUGACAAUUGGGUAAGAGAAAUGAAGUUUCACCCAGGAGGCAAAUAUGUCAUCAGUGCUUCAGAUGACAAAACGUUAAGAGUGUGGGAUAUUAAAAACAAACGUUGUUUGAAAACCCUGGAUGCCCACAAUCACUUCUGUACCUCAUUAGAUUUCCACAGGAAUACUCCUUAUGUAAUCACAGGUAGCGUAGAUCAGUCGGUCAAAGUGUGGGAAUGCCGUUAAGCAUGUUUAAGAAGUUUGAGUUGUAAAUCUUAAUGCAGAAGUGUUCCAUUUAGUCUGAACUCAUUGUGGAUAUUUUCUGUAAAUCAAGCUUCUUACAUCUCAGUAGAACUAAAUUUUUGAUUUAUUCUUCUCGUAAGUUCCCCCCCCCCCUUUCCUUGUGAAUAUUUUGUCCUGUCUUGAAGUUUUUGUUUUAUUGAGAAAGAAAGAAAUAAUACAUUGAAAUUGAAAAAGAGCAGCUUUGUAAGAAGUCGGGAACUUUGAUAUAUGUAUUACAGUAAUUUUAAUUAUAAAGAUUGUGCAAAAAACAUUCAUUGCCAAACUGAGGUUGUCUGUAGAACUGUUUAUCCUGUAGAAAAGAAAAACAAAAGUGAAUAUAUUCUGUGACCUGAACUUAAUUCUAGUGUCUAGUGUCCUACUUCAUUAGGUAUUCUU